AUGGCACGAAAAAGAUUUCACGGCCUCAAGAAGGUGAAAAUACGCGCAUCAUGGUCCAAGUUCAACCUCUACAACCUGAGCCGCUGGAGGCCCAUGAACACAUCCUACAACACCUUCUACCAGCAGAAAUGGCUUGGAAAGUCCAUGACCCGCGCAUACCACGGUGAGCAGAUCCGGGAGAAGCAAUGGCAGCGGAUGUUCUCGCCCCAUCUCAACUCGGUCGUCCCCAUGGACCCCAGAUAUCUGGCAGAAAAUGAUGGUUCGGAACUGGCUGCUGGGCGAGGCUCUGGCAAGGAAGAACCCUUGGACCCGAAGAAUCUGCAGCUUGGAAAGAACUUGAUACCGUACAUGCACAUGACCUAUGCGCCCAUCGAGAGGCGACUGGAUAUGGCGGUUUGGAGAGCAUUGUUUGCUAGUAGCGCGAGGCAAGCGAGACAAUUUGUUGUGCACGGCAAGGUCAAGGUGAAUGGCAAGAAGAUGCCAUAUCCCGGAUACCUUCUAAACCCAGGAGACCUGUUCCAAGUCGAGCCUGACUCAGUAAUGUUCGCCACAGGAGCACCGAAGGAUAUAACUCAAAGAAGGGAGGGAAGGAUACUCCGAAAGUCCUCGGCCCGGGUCAACAUCACGAUGGAGAAAUUUAGAGCACAGCAACUAGAACGAAAGGCCGCAAGCCGUGCCGAAAGAGCAGCCAAAAUAGCCGAAGCAGAAGCUGCAGGAGAUGUUUCCAUUUCCAAGCCCAAACCUAACCGGUCGAAUCAGGAGGAUAAUUUGGUACUUCGCCACCAACGACUAGCUGACACAACCGAACUGCUGAAGCAAGCCGACAGACUCCAGAAAAAUCGCCGAAAACCCAUAAGCGGCAAGCAGAAGCAGGUGCUGCGAGCCCUCGUCAAGAAAGUUAAGGUGUACCGGGCCAACGUCUUCGGGCUGUCUAUCGACAAGCUCGAGCAGCAGCGCCGAGAGAUCGCUGCCGAAUGGAAAGAAGCCCGCACGCACUCCGCCGAACAAGCCAGACGGGAGCGCAAGCGGGAGCGCGCCCGAGAAAGGAAGAAGAACAACCCCCCACCACCCAAACCAGACGAGCCAGAAGAUCCAGACAGACCCGCGAAACCAACCUACGACGAGCGAAUCUCGAAGCAGCGGCGGCUGGACGCCGCCGAACGGAUAGCGCGCAUCGAAGAGCAGUUGCAUGACCCGACGAAGCCGUAUGCGACACCGUGGCGCCCGCGGCCGUACAUGAGCGCGUUUGCGUUCGUGCCAAGGUAUCUGGAGGUCAACCACAAGAUCUGCUCAGCGGUGUAUUUGCGGGAUCCGGUGGCGAGGCCGGGUCUCACGGAGGUGCCGAGCCCGUUUAACGCUGAGACGAUGCAGUUGGCAUUUACGUGGUACCUGAGGAGAAGGUAG